AUGCUUACUGUUUCAUCAGAUACCACCCUUUUCGGUGACUUCCCACAAGAGCCAAUCGAGAGAGUUGACAAUAAUAAAGAAAAAUAUUCUAAAAAGUAUAAAUUAGUUCCUAAAGUUGUCGAAGUUAAAGAAAAUAAAGAUACAAAUACAAAGCAAAAUCAAAAAUCAGAACCACAGAAAGCAAAGAUUAAUCCAAACGAUCGCCCAACAGAACACAAAGCAAUUCUAAAAGGUACUCAUGGUCAUAAAUUAUUUGCAAUGCUCAACAGCAUCAAGAUAACACCAAAAGCACCUCAACCGGAAAUAGAAAACGUCGAACCAAAAGGAAAUGUUGCUAAAAGAAAACUUACUAUGUCUAAAUGA